CAUAGAUAGCUGUCUCUUUUUCUUUUUCUCUUUCUUUUUCUUUGACUUCUCCUCCUCUCACUUCUCCUUUUGUAGUGUUCUUUAUAUGUUUUUUUUCUGCAGCUUUUGUCCUCUUUAUGGCUCUGGAAACUCUCCUGUAGAGGAAUUUAUGUAACUGCAACAGGACAGAGACACCUUAAGCACAUACAUGCUGGAGGAAGCCACAACAUAAGCUCUUCCAACGGAAACAACUUCAAAAGUCUGAGGAUUGUUGGGAGAGAAGAAGAAGGACAAUCAGGCUGAAAAAGUGGUACCAUGCCGGGCAGUCAGAUCCGGACUGGGUUUGUGCCGGUUCUGCUGGUCUGUUUCUUUCUGCUGUUGGCAUCUGGUCCAGGGAAUGCACGCAUGAUCAGGAAGAGGGGGCUCAACCAGAAGGACUAUGAGUACCCCAACCAUCCUCAGACCGCUCAGCACCAGAAGAACGACCGCUGUCCUCCGCCACCGCAGAUGCUGCCCGAGCGAGCCUGUGAGGUGCCGGGCUGCCGGUCCGAUUCUGAGUGUGAGAGACACAAACGGUGCUGUUACAAUGGCUGCAUCUACGCCUGCCUGGAGUCAGUGCAACCUCCACCCGUGCUGGACUGGUUGGUGCAGCCCAAGCCGCGGUGGUUAGGAGGGAACGGCUGGCUUUUAGAUGGGCCAGAAGAAGUUCUGCAGGCUGAGGCCUGCAGCACCACAGAGGAUGGAGAUGAACCUUUGCUCUGCCCAACUGGUUACGAGUGCCACAUUAUCAACCCGGGAAACCCCUCAGCUGGGAUCCCAAACCGAGGCCAGUGCAUCAAACAGCGUGGAAACUCAGAUGGACGUAGCCUGAGACACAAGUCCUUCAAAGAUUACAAGGAUUAUUUAGGAAGUAACUCCAACAAUGCAGUGAGCUAUGAGAAAAAUCAGCACAAGCAUUUGGGCUGAGACAGGUUCCAUUUUGGAGGACUGAAGUAACCAGUAACCGCUAACCCUUAUACCUGAACCCCAACCAUCAAAUCCAACAGAACUGCACAAGCCUUUCUCUUCAGCGUAAACCAGAGAUCGGUUCAAAUCUAGUGCUCUUUUUUUUUUUAGGUGCUUAAGGUGGAGUGACAGAAAUGCAAAGCUAAAAUUUCCUACCUCUUAUAAAAGCCAAAAACAGACCACAGAAAGUAUCAAAGAACUUAUACAAUAAUAUGUCUUCUACAUAUGCUUACUUUGGGUAAAAAGCAGAAUUAACUAUGUGAGUUGUGUUAAAGGAAGAUAUUUUGUGUGUUUUUUAUGCUGCUGAGUCUGAACUUUUUUUCACUUUAAAUACCAAAAACAGCUAGUUAAUGUAUGCUUACUACUCUCAGUUAUUGUGUGGAUUUAAAUUUUGGUACAGAAGUGCUCCAUAAAGACUUCAAUUCCAUAUCACACAACUAUGUUUCUCCUUUGAAGUUAAAAAAAAAAAAAAUUCAAAACCUUGUUUCAUGUGUUUAGGUGCUUGCCUCAACUAGCUCACCAUAACCAAGCAAACAGUUAAAUUCCAGCUGUGCUCUAUCACUGCAAGCUAUUUGUUUUUCAUAUGGUGCUCCAAUCAAUAACUGUGGUUGUUGUUGUUUACUCAUUGUGCAGGUCUGUGUUUUACUCUACUGCUCUCUGAUAAGCUAUACGAGUCUGACGAGUGGGAUAAACCACAAUACAGCUUUCAGUAAAGCAAAUUAUUUGAAACUGGUGCUGCAUAUACUGCCUUGUAAUUACAAAUAAAACA